AUGGUUAGGCAGCCACCUGCCAUUGUAGGGUUACUGGUUGUAGAGAAUCGUAUGGAGCCUUUGUUUGAAAGGUUUCAAAAGCAACACCCGCCAGUGUUUGAAGGCAGCAUCGAUCCGGCCCAAGCAGAGGAGUGGAUCAGUGGGAUGGAGAGGAUCUUGAACAUGAUGGGAGUUCAAGGCAAUGAACGAGUGGUGUGCGCAUCUUUCAUACUGAGAAAAGAUGCUCGAAUUUGGUGGGAGGUGGUGGAGCAAUCACAGGAUGUUAACACUAUGGAUUGGGACGGAUUCAAACAGGUGUUUAAUGAUAAAUACUACAAUUCAGCAGUGUUAGCAGCAAAAAUGGAUGAAUUUACCAAGCUGACUCAAGCUCGGGAUGUGGAGAUUGUUUCUAGAGGUGUUUUCACCUAUGUUGAAGUGGUGGAAAUGGCUCUUACGCCUGGAAGAAGCGAAGAGAGAAUCUGGAAAGAUAAUGCUGCUAGAAGGGAUGCCAAGAAGAAUGGGGCAGCCACCUCCAAUGACAAUAGGAAAAGGGGACAGGACCAGCCAAGCCAAGCCAAAAAUGAUAAACGGCCCAAGCCCAACAAUGACAACCGUCCUGGUGGAAAUGAUGGCAGAAACAUUCUACCUUGCCCUAAGUGCACAAAACGUCAUUUUGGUGAGUACAAAGCUGGAGUUUGCUACAAAUGUGGGAAGGAAGGUCACGUGAACCGCAAUUGUCCGACAUGGGAACAAUCUGGCAAUAAGGAAGAAUAG